CCGGGGACAGCCCAGCAUCCUGAGCCGCUCCUUCCCGGCGCAUCCCUGCUCCGCCUGAGGGAUCCGGCUCCUUGCACGCUCCCCUGAGAGAGAUAAAGAAGCCCGCGCACCGUCGGCGGGGAUGCCGGUGAAGCGAGCGGGCCGCCUCCCCCUCUCCGCCCGGCGCAGGACCAGCGGCUGACUGGAAGCUGGAAUGUUUCCCACUCCAGCCGAUGCCCAGCCCUGCCCGCCCUGCUCCUAGCCUGGCUUCCCAGGGGUGACAUUCCCGGUUUUCUCCUGUUCGGAGAGCAGUGCCGCCGAGCAUGCCGCAGAAAGCUCCUCUGCAGCCGAAGCCCAGGGGAGUUUUCCAGUGAGUCCAGAUCCUUAAAAGCCAGAGUUGCCCCUUCCCACCCCGGGGACAGCGAAUUUCCCUGCGCCCAGCGGGUGUCGAGGUCCCGGAGUGCGGGCUGCAGGAGGGGGCUGCCAUGGAAGAGAAUGCGUUCAGCGUGCAGCAGAUCCAGCCCAACGUCAUCUCGGUGAGGCUCUUCAAGCGCAAGGUGGGCGGCCUCGGCUUCCUGGUGAAGGAACGCGUCAGCAAACCGCCCGUCAUCAUCUCCGACCUGAUCCGGGGCGGGGCUGCUGAGCAGAGUGGCCUCAUCCAGGCUGGGGACAUCAUUCUGGCCGUCAAUGGCAGGCCCCUGGUGGACAUGAGCUAUGAGACGGCGCUGGAGAUCCUGAGAAGCAUCGCCUCCGAGACCUACGUGGUCCUCAUCCUGCGCGGCCCCGAGGGCUUCACCACUCACCUGGAGACCACUUUCGCGGGCGACGGGACGCCCAAAACCGUCCGUGUCACCAGGCCCCUGUGCCCGGCUCCCAGGGCGGUUGACUUGUCCAACCCAAGCGCUCCCAGCAAGGAGCAGCCGCCGCCAGCAGCCAUGGGAUCCCUGUGGAGCAGGGAAAUCGGGAAGGAGGUGGAGCCGAUGGUCCACGUUAACGGCGUCGUUCCCGGCGGCAAAGGGCCGGACGCCGGGAAGGGCAAGGACGGGGCUUGUGGUCACCCCUGUCUCAACGGCGGCGUGGGAGACAACGAGCUGCUCAAAGAAAUCGAGCCCGUCCUGGACCUGCUGAAGAGCAGCAGUAAGGACAGCGAUGGAGAUGCGCCCUCCAAGGUAGAGACACGGGAUAUAGAAGUCCAGGUGGACUGUUUCAGGGAAGGGGAGAACAACCCCCAGAAAGCUUCGCCGGCUCGGAUGGAGAACGAUCGCGUCCCGGGGGACCUGUGGGGGAAGAGCAACGUCCCCGUGGUCCUGAACAACCCCUACUCCGAAGCAGAGCAGCCGCCGCCAUCCGGGCGCCAGUCCCCGACCAAGAGCACCCUGAACGGGAGCCCUUCCAAAUGCCCCCGCUUCGUGAAAAUCAAGAACUGGGAGACGGGCUCUGUGCUCCACGACACCCUGCACCUCAAGACUGCCAUGGCCACGGCGUGCACCGAGCAGAUCUGCAUGGGCUCCGUGAUGACCCCCAGCCCCCACAUCCGCAAGUCCGAGGACACCAGGACCAAGGAGGAGGUGUUGCUCCUGGCCAAGGACUUCAUUGACCAGUACUACUCCUCCAUAAAGAGAUCCGGCUCCAAGGCCCACAUGGAGAGGCUGGAGGAGGUGACCAAGGAGAUUGAGGCCACUGACACCUACCAGCUGCGGGACACGGAGCUGAUCUACGGCGCCAAGCACGCCUGGAGGAACGCGGCGCGCUGCGUGGGCAGGAUCCAGUGGUCCAAGCUGCAGGUGUUCGAUGCCCGGGACUGCACCACGGCCCACGGGAUGUUCAAUUACAUCUGCAACCACAUCAAGUACGCCACCAACAAGGGCAACCUCAGGUCUGCCAUCACCAUCUUCCCGCAGCGCACGGACAGCAAGCACGACUUCCGCAUCUGGAACGCGCAGCUGAUCCGCUACGCCGGCUACAAGCAGCCCGACGGCAGCGUCCUGGGGGACCCCGCCAACGUGGAGCUCACCGAGAUCUGCAUCCAGCAAGGCUGGAAGGCUCCCUACGGGCGCUUCGAUAUCCUGCCCCUGCUCCUCCAAGCCAACGGCAACGACCCCGAGCUCUUCGAAAUCCCGCCGGAGCUCGUCCUGGAGGUGCCCAUCCGGCACCCCAAGUUUGAGUGGUUUAAGGACCUGGGCCUGAAGUGGUACGGGCUGCCAGCUGUUUCCAACAUGCUCCUGGAGAUCGGGGGCUUGGAGUUCUCCGCCUGCCCCUUCAGCGGCUGGUACAUGGGCACGGAGAUCGGCGUCCGCGACUACUGCGACAACUCCCGCUACAACAUCCUGGAGCAAGUGGCCAAGAAGAUGAACCUGGAUAUGAGGAAAACAUCCUCGCUGUGGAAGGACCAGGCCCUGGUGGAGAUCAACAUCGCUGUGCUCUACAGCUUCCAGAGCGACAAGGUGACCAUCGUGGAUCACCACUCGGCCACCGAGUCCUUCAUCAAGCACAUGGAGAACGAGUACCGGUGCCGGGGGGGCUGUCCCGCCGACUGGGUCUGGAUUGUCCCGCCCAUGUCGGGCAGCAUCACCCCCGUGUUCCACCAGGAGAUGCUCAACUACCGCCUGACGCCCUCCUUUGAGUACCAGCCGGACCCCUGGAACACCCAUGUCUGGAAAGGGGUCAAUGGGACACCCACCAAGAAGAGAGCCAUUGGCUUUAAGAAGCUGGCAAAGGCUGUGAAGUUCUCAGCCAAGCUGAUGGGCCAAGCCAUGGCCAAGAGGGUCAAGGCCACCAUCCUGUACGCCACGGAGACGGGGAAGUCCCAGGUCUAUGCAAAAACUCUGUGUGAGAUCUUCAAACACGCCUUCGAUGCCAAGGUGAUGUCCAUGGACGAGUACGACGUCGUGCACCUGGAGCACGAAACCAUGGUCCUGGUGGUCACCAGCACCUUCGGCAACGGGGACCCGCCCGAGAACGGAGAGAAAUUUGGCUGUGCAUUAAUGGAGAUGAAGAAUCCCAACUCCAACCUGGAGGAGAGGAAGAGCUACAAGGUCCGGUUCAACAGCGUCUCCUCCUACUCGGACGCACGGAAAUCCUCCAGCGAUGGCCCUGACUCCAGGGACAACUUCGAGAGCACGGGGCCCCUGGCAAACGUCAGGUUCUCCGUGUUCGGGCUGGGCUCCCGGGCCUACCCCCAUUUCUGCGCCUUCGCCCGCGCCGUGGACACGCUCCUGGAGGAGCUGGGGGGAGAGAGGAUCCUCCGCAUGGGAGAGGGGGACGAGCUCUGCGGCCAGGAGGAAUCCUUCAGGACCUGGGCCAAGAAGGUCUUCAAGGCAGCCUGUGACGUGUUCUGCGUGGGCGACGACGUCAACAUCGAGAAAGCCAACAACUCCCUCAUCAGCAACGACCGCAGCUGGAAGAGGAGCAAGUUCCGCCUGACCUACGUGGCCGAGGCGCCGGAGCUCACACAAGGACUGUACAGCAUCCACAAGAAACGCGUCUACGCAGCCCGGCUCCUCACGCGCCAGAACCUGCAGAGCCCCAAGUCCAGCCGCCUGACGAUUUUCUUGCGCCUGCACACCGACGGGCACCAGGAGCUCCAGUACCUGCCCGGGGACCACCUGGGCGUGUUCCCAGGGAACCACGAGGACCUGGUCAACGCCCUCAUCGACAGGCUUGAGGACGCCCCUCCGACCAACCAGGUGGUGAAGGUGGAGCUGCUGGAGGAGAGGAGCACGGCUCUAGGUGUCAUCAGUAACUGGACGGACGAGAACCGUAUCCCACCCUGCACCAUCUUCCAGGCCUUCAAGUACUACCUGGACAUCACCACCCCUCCCACGCCGCUGCUGCUGCAGCAGUUCGCUCUGCUGGCCACCAGUGACAAGGAGAAGAAACGUCUGCAGGUCCUUAGCAAGGGCUUGCAGGAGUACGAGGAGUGGAAGUGGUCCAAGAACCCCACGAUCGUGGAGGUGCUGGAGGAGUUCCCCUCCGUGCAGAUGCCCUCCACGCUGCUGCUCACACAGCUGCCCCUCCUGCAGCCUCGCUACUACUCCAUCAGCUCGUCCCCGGAGAUGUACCCAGGGGAGGUGCACCUCACCGUGGCCGUGGUGUCCUACCGCACCCGAGAUGGAGAGGGACCAAUCCACCACGGAGUCUGCUCCUCGUGGCUCAGUCGGAUCCAGACGGAUGAAGUGGUGCCCUGCUUUGUACGAGGUGCCCCCGGGUUCCACCUGCCCCAGGACCCGCAGGUGCCCUGCAUCCUCAUCGGCCCCGGCACCGGCAUCGCCCCUUUCCGGAGCUUCUGGCAGCAGCGGCUCUUUGACAUCCAGCACAAAGGGCUGAAGCCGUGUCCCAUGGUGCUGGUGUUCGGCUGCCGGCAGUCCAGGAUCGACCACAUCUACAAGGAGGAGACGCUCUUCGCCAAAACCCAAGGCGUCUUCAGAGAGCUGUACACGGCCUAUUCCCGGGAGCCCGACAAACCAAAGAAAUACGUGCAGGACGUGUUACAAGAGCAGCUGGCCCAGACCGUGUUCAAAGCACUGAAGGAGCAGGGAGGCCACAUCUACGUCUGCGGGGAUGUCACCAUGGCCGGGGACGUGCUGAAGGCCGUGCAGCGCAUCAUGAGGCAGCAGGGCCAGCUGUCGGCCGAGGAGGCAGGAGCCUUCCUCAGCAAGCUGCGGGAUGACAGCCGGUACCACGAGGAUAUUUUUGGAGUCACCCUGCGCACGUACGAGGUGACAAACCGCCUUAGAUCCGAGUCCAUCGCCUUCAUCGAGGAGAGCAAAAAAGACACGGAUGAGGUUUUCUGCUCCUAACUGGACCCUUCGCCCCCAGGGGAUGCCAAACCAGUCCCAGCACCUGCUGCCCCCUCCAGCUGGAGGGCACUGGGUUUUGUAUUUCACGGACACAGUGGCUCCUUUUCCACGGGGAGCUGCCCAUGGAAAGCGCUCUGUCUCUCGUCCUGUUGUUGUGUCCUGAUGAUGAUGAUGACUUUUAUUUCCUUUUCUUCCUCCUCCUCUUGCUCUUGUCCUGUGGCCAUUUCUUUUCACCUCCUUCCCCUUCCCUGGAUUUCCCCACUGGAGUUCGAUGGCUUUAUAACCUGCAGUGGCUCUUUUCAGAAUUCCACAUUUCCCCUCCUUCCCGUGAGGGCAUUUUGCAGCUGCAUGAAAUCACCACCUUUGUGAGCAUUUUGGGGUGUUCCUGGGGGUGAGCAGAGGUGGCAGGGGCUGGGCAAUGGUGAGGUCUCGUUGCUUGUCCAGAGCUGGGGAUUGUUCCUGCCGGGCUCCCUCUUUCCCCAGCUCGGGGCUUGGCUGAAUCCUUGUGUUUUCAUGGCUUUCCUUUGGAUUUGGACAAACCUGGGCAUACGGCCGAGGCUGGGGGCAGGUGAUGUGCAAUUCCCUUGUGCCCAUGGAUUUUACUCCUCCCCGAGCAGCCUGGGUACAGCCGUGUGUUUCUUGAUCUGAUUUUUGUGUCACGAUUCCUCCUAGACGGGCCCUGCGCUUCGUCUCUCUUUUCCUGCUCUCUUUCCCUGUUCCCUGUGAGCCUCUCCUUUUGCUCAAUCCCAACUUUUGCUGGCGUGGAAGUUCUCCCACAAGCUCUGAACGCACAGGCUGAUGUGCAGGCCAAGGAGAGGCUCCUGGCAGUGACGUCUCCAGAGGGUUUUCCAGGGAAUAUCUGAUCUGCACCCACGAUGCUGGCGGGACACGCUGAGGGCCUGGCUGCACCCAGAGCUUUGCAUGCUCUGAUCCCUCUCCCAGGUGAGCCUGGAAAGCCACGAGGGCGGGACAGAAGCAGCUCCCAGCUGCCAGAGGCCCCAAAGGCAGCCCUUGGAGGAGGGUGGAGGCUCCAGGUGCUUGGUGAGGAUGUGCCAACGGAGGAAUCGUGAGAUCCCAUCAGCUCUUAGCACGUCUCACGAGCACUUCUGGGACAGCAGACCCCAGCCCUGUGCAGGUUUUGGUGAGCAGAAAGUGCCACCAUGGAGCCACCUGCCCGCCAAGAGACACGUGUGGCACGUUGGGGGUGAGCCAGGCCCCUCUGUGCCACCUGCCAGCGCCAUCAGCUGUCCCGGCCAGGACACGUCGUGUGAGAAGGGAGGUGAGAUCAGCUGCCAAGGUGCUGGGCUCCGACACGCUCACACCUCGGCCCUGCUGCAAGAACCCGGCCCCAAAAGCAAUUUGUUAACACAACACAACCACGGAAAGGUUGGAGAAAACAGAAAGCCUCUAACAGAGAAAAGCUGUCUGCAAGGGAAAGCAAACGUGACCUUGUGUGUCCUUCCUCCUGCUGCGCCCUGGAGGAUCACAGAACAUUCUGAACUGGACCCACAAGGACCAAGGCCAGCUCCUGAGUGAAUGGCUCACCCAGGGAUUGAACCUCGGCGGUUUUAGCACCCGGCUCUGCCCAGCUGAGCCAGUCCCAGGUUUGUCCUCCCUCACUGCCAUCACAGCACAGCAGGACACGGCUGCAGCUCCUGCUGGAGGCAGGGACACAGGGUUGGCAUCCUGAGGUGGCAGCUGCUGAUCCUGCGUGGAUCCUGGGUGGAGCUGAGCACCAGAACCGGUGACAGGGAUUGUCCAGGGGCUGAGAUCACCUGCCCUGAGCUAAAGGCAGCACAGGAAGAGCUGCAGGAGGUCUGCUGCUCCCCCAGGCCAGGGAACAAGCCCUGCUGGCUCCUCUGUCUCAGGCUCUGCUGUUGUUGCCACCCUCAGCCAGGAUCUCCUGCCCUCUCCUGCCACAUCUCCGUGGGCUGUGACACCUUCUGCAACUCCCUGAAUCCCCGAAGCAUCUCCGGCCCGAAAUCCGGGAGCAAAAGGGCUCCAGGCACCGGGGGAGUUUGAGACGCAGGUCUGCCGGCGCCAGCUGAGCAUCCAACGCGGGCUAAAACGAAUCAAUGCUGCCGCAGUGUGGCCGGAGCUGCGCUCGCUGGGCUGGCAGGGCUGGCACACACGGCCGGCUGCGUGCCACCGCCUCGGGACCCGGUGACCUGCGGGGGAAAAGCUGCAGAGCACGGGGGAAAGAUCUGUGGGUGGUGCCCCAAUCGCAGGGCGGGCAGUGGGAUGGGGGAGCUGGGUCCCUUGGCUCGGGAUGAGUGAGUUUGGGAGAGGUCCUGUGCGGGAGGGAACUCGCUGGCUGCAGAGCUGGGGACGCGCAGCAAGCUCCGUCCGACCCCCGUCCUGCGGCGGCAGAAAGAAAGCUAAAAUCAGAGAGAAAAGCAGACUCAUCCUCUUCUCCUGUGAAAAUCUGGCUCCAGCUUUGUGCUCUGGUCCUCCUUUAGAAGAAGGGGCGAUGCAAUCUGACCAGGAGAAGGAGGAGGUAAUGCCCCAGAAACCAUCUCUUUGUGCUCUUCCCGGCUCACGCCCUGGUGCUGGCAAGUUUUCCCCUCCUGUCCUGCCUCCUGCCUGCUCUGCUGUGCCAUCUCCCGUCUGGAGCCCGCGCCCGAGCUGGAUUAUCCUGCUUUUGGUGCAUCCCAGAGCCGAGCCGCAGCAGGGGAGGGGAGGGGAGGGAAGCGCAGCCCUCUGCCGGGGGUCUGCAGAGGGAGGUGCUGGGUUAAGGCUCCUGGCCUGGAGCACAAAUCCCCUCGCUGCCGUGAAGGUCCAUGAAGUUAAAGACCCCCAGGGCUCCGAGCUGCCUCUGCUCCCGCUGGCUGCUCACAAGCUGCACCGCUGGGCGUUUUGAUUCACUGUUUGCUGUUGAGUCAGUCUCAGACGUCUGAACCGCUCCCCUUCAUCCCCUCCACCUGCAGGGGCUUCGCACUCCCCUCGAGCCUCAUUUUCUCCCAUAGCAACAGGGGAAAGAAACUUGUGGAUGUGGUUUAUGAUUCCCGAAACGCGGCUCUGCCAGCCUGGCCUCUGCUCGUCUCGCUGUGGCAUCUCUGACGUGCGGGUGCAGCCACAAAAUCUCUGCUGCAGACACAGAGUGAGGUGGGGGCUGCCCCAGCCCUGGGGGCUCACAGGCAGGGGGGCUGUGCCUCUGGGGCACUCGGGUCACACAGCUGUCCCCCCUGCUGCCCUGCCCCUCCUGCGCUGCUCCUGCGGGACACCCGGCCUGGCCGGUGCCCCAGUCGCUCCCAGGAGGAUCUCCACCACCACCACCACCCCAGUUUUGAGCAGCUCUGCUCCUCGUCACUCUCCAGGUGUUAAAAGAGACUCUUCUCUGAACGGGGGGUUUGAUUUUCGAGACACUACGAAAUAGGGUGGUUUUUUUGCAAAGAUCUGACUUCCUAAGUCUUCGAAGCGUCCGCGGAGAGUCAUUGUAUGGAUCUGAAAACCCAGGGAGAACGGUUCCGUGUUUUCCCAACCUGCUGUGCACACCAGCAGGGAAAAACCACUCAGUGCCUGGGCAUCCAGUGCCGUGGUGUUGGUGAUUCCCGAGGUUGCAUCUCCUGGGAAGGGCUGCCUGGGAGUUUGUUGCUCUGUUUCUCAGAGACAACGGCAAAACAAUGAGACAACGGCAAAACAAUGAGACAACGGCAAAACAAUGAGAUAACGGCAAAACAAUGAGAUAACGGCAAAACAAUGGGACAUCUGCCACCAGCAGUGGCCUCACGGAGCUGUCACCUCCACAUGGUGGCCUGAGCUCAUGGCUGGAGAGGAGCUGAGCCUGUCACACCCAAACUGGCCAGAGAAUGGGAUGUGACUCCGGGCUGUCCAUGCUCCCUGUCCCCUCCGUGCCCCUGUGUCCCCAGGGGACAGCAGGGACUCUGCUCACACCCUGGGCACAGGGGUCUGGGCUGUGUGUGCAUGGCCAGCAGCCGUGCAGCAGUGUCCUGUGCCAGCAGCCCUGCAGCAGUGUCCUGUGCCAGCAGCCCUGCAGCAGUGUCCUGUGCCAGCAGCAGUGCUGCAGCAGUGUCCUGUGCCAGCAGCAGCCAUGCAGCAAUGUCCUGUGCCAGCAGCCCUGCAGCAAUGUCCUGUGCCAGCAGCAGUGCAGCAGUGUCCUGUGCCAGCAGCAGCCGUGCAGCAGUGUCCUGGGCCAGCAGUCCUGCAACAGUGUCCUGUGCCAGCAGUCCUGCAGCAGUGUCCUGGGCCAGCAGCAGUGCAGCAGUGCAGCAGUGUCCUGUGCCAGCAGCCCUGCAGCAGUGUCCUGUGCCAGCAGUGGUGCAGCACUGUCCUGUGCCAGCAGCAGCCGUGCAGCAGUGUCCUGUGCCAGCAGCAGCCCUGCAGCAGUGUCCUGUGCCAGCAGCAGCCGUGCAGCAGUCUUCUGUGCCAGCAGUGCAGCAGUGUCCUGUGCCAGCAGCAGCCCUGCAGGAGUGUCCUGGGCCAGCAGCAGCCGUGCAGC